CCAGCAUCUGUCCUGAGCCCUCGUGCCAGGUGCCAGGGCGACAAAGAGGAACGCGGCUGUGUGGUUAGGGAGGGUGCGAGUGGGCCGCCUACCGCAGGAACCGGGUGCCAAGGGUCCGGCGCUUGGGUUCCAGGUGCAGGAGCCGCCAGAGAAGAGCUGCCGUUGGCGGGAAGAUCCAUGACGCGCCAGAGUCCCCUUACGUGUGUCUGUAUUUCUGCACUCUGGAAAGCAAAGCGGUCCAGAGAGAGAUUUUUCUGAUACCUCUCGAUUGCUUUUUGGGCGUCACUUGUCUCUUCUUCCGAAUGGGAAUAAGGCCGGUGGACCUCCCUCCUCGUGCGCUGCUGGGAGUUAAGGGUCAUCCUCUCCUGCUGACCCCAUCAAAUACCAACAUGCCUACAGCCCUGUGCCCCCGUGUCUUGGCUCCGAAGGAAAGCGAGGAGCCUCGGAAAAUGAGGAGCCCACCUGGAGAGAACCCCUGUCCCCAGGGGGAACUUCCCAGCCCUGAGUCCUCCCGCCGCCUCUUCCGGCGGUUCCGCUACCAAGAGGCAGCAGGCCCUCGGGAGGCCCUGCACCGCCUCUGGGCCUUGUGCCGGGGCUGGCUGCGGCCAGAGAGGCACACCAAGGAGCAGAUCCUGGAGCUGCUGGUAGUAGAGCAGUUCCUGGCCAUCUUGCCCUGGGAGAUCCAGAGCUGGGUGCGGGCACAGGAGCCUGAGAGCGGAGAACAGGCCGUGGCUGCGGUGGAGGCGCUGGAACGGGAGCCUGGGAGACCCUGGCAAUGGCUCAAACACUGUGAAGACCCUGUGGUGAUUGAUGAUGGGGACAGCCCUCCAGACCAGGAGCAGGAGCAGCAGCCAGCAGAACCACAAACUGACCUUGCAAAGAGUGAGGAUGCCUCGUCCGUGGACCUGGGCCUGGGGCUCCCAAGCAGAACAGGCCAGUUUGGCGGAGACCCAGUUCCUCAAGAUACUGCCCUUCUUCAAGAAGAGAGUGAGAGGGAUGCACAGCACGUGGCUGCCUUCCAGCUGCCCCCGAGUCGGGUCUCUCCAUUCAAGGACAUGAUCUUGUGCUUCUCUGAAGAGGACUGGUCCCUUCUCGACCCUGCCCAGACUGGCUUCUAUGGAGAGUUCAUCAUUGGGGAGGACUGCGGGGUCUCAAUGCCUUCGAGUGACCCCACUUCCCAGCCAGAUCCCUCCCAGGGAGAGGAAGGUGAGCCCCGGCUUCCAGACUUGCAGAACCUCCAGGGGAAAGAAGUACCCCAGGUCUCCUACUUGGACUUUCCAAGUCUCCAGCCAUCCCAGAUGGAAGAGCGAAGGAAACGGGAUGAGCUGCAGGUGCCAGAGUCCCAGGGGUGCCCGCAGACGGCGCUGAUCCACAGCCCCUGUCCAGCCGGCACUGACCCGUCCCCACUAGAAAAUGGCCUCGAUGGGGAGGUGACCAUUGAGAUUGUCCUGUCCAGCUCCGGGGAAGAGGAGUCCCAGCACGAACAGUACUGCAAGGAGGAGUCUCAGGGUCCCGGGACGAGGCAGCAUGGCGUCUCCAUGGCCCGCCGCAGCACUGCCGAGGGGGGUGAGGCACAGACCUCCAAGAAGUCCUACGUGUGUCCCAACUGUGGCAAAAUCUUCCGCUGGAGGGUCAACUUCAUACGGCAUCUGCGGAGCCGCAGGGAGCGAGAGAAGCCGCAUGCAUGCUCGGUGUGCGGGGAGCUGUUCAGUGACAGCGAGGACCUGGAUGGGCAUCUGGAGACCCACGAGGCCCAGAAGCCCUAUAGGUGUGGUGCCUGUGGAAAGAGCUUCCGCCUCAAUGCCCAUCUGUUGUCACACAGGCGAAUGCACCUGCAGCCGGACACAUGUGAGCUGGGGGAGAUGAGAGACCCAGGGGGUUCAGGGAGCGAAGGUGGGUCUCCCGAUGCCAGGCUGGAACCCAGAAAGGACAAGCUGCAGUUCCGGUGCUGUGACUGCGGGAAGGUGUUCCAGCGGCACGACCACCUGGCCCGGCACCGUAGCACUGUGCACCUGAAGGACAGAGCUCUGCCUUUCCAGUGCAGAUACUGUGUCAAAAGUUUCUCGCAGAACAGUGACCUCCUCCGCCACCAGCGCCUGCACCUGAGGCGCCGCUCCCAGCAGGCUCUGAACUCCUACUGAGCCCCUGUGAGGCCCACCUGAGCUGGGCUCCCAGCUCGCACUGGUGCUGAUCAGGUCCCCACCGGCACUUCCAGAAUGGAGCACACACCUUCUCCUACCUGACUUCCUGAGGUGCCAUGGAGGUAGCUCCCCACCCCAAGGAGAUCAUGGCCAUUUGAGUUUUGCUGUUUCUGCUAUGCCAAAAAUAAGGAGGGCAUGUCCUUACCAGCUUCCACAACCAGGGUGUCUGUGUAGUGGAGAUCCCUGCCUCAUACUCCCAGGCACAAGGAGGGACUGGGCUGCCUCUGGGCAUUGACCCCUUUGUCACUAACCAACUUUCAGUGCACCCCUCAGUCUCCUGUCUGAACACAUGGAUCCUGAGGCCCAAGGCGGCUGCCCUUCCUGUCUGUGGCAGCUGGGAAGAAGGCAGUAAGGCAGUGGGACCGCCCAAGGGGAGCAGGCCAGCACAUUCAGCUGUGCUUUCCUCAGACAUCUGCCCUGAGGUCAGUGGCUAUCAGGCCCACAGCAGCACCCCACAGACCCCAAGAUGAUCAGGUGGUCCACCUGGGCCUGGAGUUGGUGGUGAGGAGCUCUAGAAUUCAAGGCUGGGAAACUGUCAGGGUGGUUAUUAGGGGUCAGGAGCUCACUGAGGGCAGGACUUAAAUUUUAAAUUAUGGUGCACCCACUUUCCAAAAGUACUUUGUACUCCAGAGGUCCUUAGUAAAUGCUUGUGGGAUGGGAGCUGAAUUGUCAUCAUUUAAAGGUGCUUAAAUUCCUGCUCCCUUAUAUCCUGUCAGGAAGGUAGAACUCAGCCCCCUGUGAGGGCUUUCUGUUAUGGCAGGCCAUGCCUUGGACAGAGCCUUCCAUGACAUGUAACACUUUAGCCUGCUAUAGAUAUGUAUGUAUAAUGUAGCAAUGGCUGGCUUGGGGCAACACAAGUAUGUGCUCUCAGAAUUCCGGGGGUUGCAGAUCAAGGUGUUGACAGAGCUGGAGCCUUCUGUGGGCUGAGGGAGUCCCCUCAUGCUUUUGGCGGUUUGCGGCAGUUGUUGCUGUUCCUUGUCUAGAAGGAGUCUUACCCUGGCUCUGCCUUCCUCACAUGGAGCUCUCCAUGUGACUCCAUCUCUAAAUUCCCCUUUUUUAUAAGGACACCAAUCACACUGGUUAGGGCCCACUCAGCCUACUCCAGUAUAACCUCUUUACAUUGCAGUGACUGUUUCCAAAUUAGGUUGCAUUCUGAGGUACUAGGGAGGACUUCAACUUGAGAAUUUGGCGGAGAGGAAUAAUUCAUCCACUACAGACCAUUCCAUGGUGCUGACAUUUGUUAGUCACAGAUGAAUCAAUACAAAACUCAGCUACCUGAGCACUGUCCAUGGAAGGCAGGUUCAGACUCACAUGCCUGCUUUUAGGGCUGAUGUCCCCUGCAUGGGAGAAUCUUAGAAAGCUGGAAUUUGGGAGCUCUGGGCUAUUAGUUACCAGUGUUAGUGAAACCUCAAGGAAUCAAAAAUGAGGAUUUAUUGUUCGUAAAAACUGAUUAUGUCAUGUAGGCUCAGUGAUGAGAGGGUCUCAUGGCUGUAGUGUAACUAGGGCUGAAUCUGAAAGCCACAACCAGGAAGAUAUUUUGUGUUGUCCAUGUCAGAUCUGCCCAUAGGCAGAGAGUGUUGAGAGAAAGGUAAGUGGGUAAAUGAAGGCAAGAUGUCUAGCGUUCCUUGUCACUCAUAUAAUUUCCACCUCAAGAAACCUUUGCUCAAACCCAACAAGAGAGUUAUAAGGCUUUUGCCUUAAUGUCUGUUUCUGUGUAGAGUAGAUGUGUCUACAUACCCAGGAGCAGUAAGUACAAUAAAACCACUUGGUCAUACCAUGAUCAGAAAUAAACUAUUGGGGCUUUUAGUUUCUAAAUAGUUUGCAUCUUGUAUUCACCAGCUUGGAGAAGGAUAAAUUGGAUCUUUCUAGUUGGGGAAGGGAUGCUCUUAAUGGGAGCUCAACCCUCUGUGCAUACAUUUAUCUAACCCACCUGUGAGUUCUUGGCUGGCCUGAGGAUUUUAUCAGCAGGUCCAUGGUCUUAGGGAGGUUACGCUCUUGCUUCACACAUUUGUCUAAAAGAGAAACAGCGCUCCACUUACCAUUGUGUGUUAUAUGUAAAGUCAGAUCAUAUUAAAGUGGCAGAGUGAAAUGUACUGGAGCUGGAAUCCACCAGGACAUUGUGUAUCCUUGUCCCACCAAGUGCUGUCCAGGAACUCCCAUCAGUGAUCCAAACUGACUCAGUAACAGGAAGGUGACACACUUCUGAAUUUGGAAGCCUUCCUGGGUGAGGUGGCUUAAACCCAAGGUCAAUUCCAUGCAGAUGUGGGCUACCUGCUCAUUGGAAAUUCCACUCCACCUCAGUGCAGGUCAGGGUUGAGUAGAGCUGGACCAAAUUUAUCUGUCUCCCUUUUAGUCACUGAUAUUUUUGCUCUCAGCCCAAAGCAUCUGUCUCGCUCAGUUCUCAGCCAUGCUCUCUCCCUCAUGAGGCAAUCUUUGUGUCCACCUCCCAUGGGCUAAGACCACCUCCCUGUAUUCCUCUGAUCUCUUGGCAUCAUUCCCUCAAACUCACAGGUACAUAAUAAAACCUGACUCAUUGAAUUAA